AUGACUUCCUACGAGAUCUCCGAGACCAAAAACUUCGAAAACACCCAACCCGUCCCAGCCAUGCAGGAAGAACAUGACCCUGCCCAACUGUUCAAGGAACGGGAUCUGAAUGACACGCAGGAUCCCCGAAACUGGGGCCCUGUCAAGAAAGGGCUGUUGUUCACAGCCCUGAUCUCAAGCUCCCUUCUCGCGGACGGAGCAAUGACAUGGGGCGCGACGCUGAUCGUCACCCAGGCGAUGGACUGGAAGACCAGCGUGACGCACUCCGCGACCAGCAUGAACUACGGCAUCCUGCUGCAGGGGUUUGGCGGCGUCUUCGCGGUGCCGUUGAUCGAGGCGUAUGGGAGACUCCCCGUCUGGUUCUGGACCCAGGUCAUCACCAUGUUCAUGGUCCUCGGCGCCACGCUGUCCACCAGCUUGGGCACGUUUACUCUGUUUCGAUCUCUGCAGGGUCUCUUUGGCACAGUGCCUCAGGUCGUAGGUCUGCCGAUCAUCCACGACAUGUACGACCCAGAAGACUGGCCCCGGAUGAUCAAUAUCUGGGCCACGACCUUCCUCGUCGGACCCUUCCUGGGCCCUGCUCUGGCAGGAUACAUCCUGGACGGCAGCAAAAACCAGUGGGACAUCUCCUUUGGCGUCCUGACCGCCCUCUACGGCGUCUCCACGUUCCUGAUCCUUCUGUUCGGACACGAGACCUACUAUGCCAGAGGACAGGGACAGCGAGCGACGACUUCUUCUUCUCCUUUCCGAGCUAGAGUCCGCUCUUUCUUUGGCGUUGGAAACACGCACCUCCCGAAAGGCGCCACCUUGGCCGUGCAGUCCCGGAAGCUGGUCGAGUUGAUCUUCAAGCCUCCGCUCUUGCUUCCAGGCAUCGCGACGAUGAUCAACUUUUGCUGGCCUAUUGGCAUCAGCACCACUGUCGACACCUUCCUCCGUGCACCGCCGUACAUGUUCAAUACCGUGCAGGCAUCGUCGAUGCGUUUCGCGGGCGUCAUUGGCGCUCUGUGUGGUAUGACCUAUGCAAUCAUUACUUCCGAUUCAAUCCUAACUGAUCAUGCACGUCGCAUAGGAUACAUCUUCGGCUACUUAUUCAACGAAUGGAUCUUCAACCACCACCAUAAACGUCCUAGCAGACACGACCGCGAAGAUGCCAGCGGCAACAGCAGCACCAGCAGCGACACCGACGCCGACUCCUGGCGACCCGAAUACCGACUCCACGGCGUGUGGUUCCCGAUCGGCAGCAUGGCCUGCGGGCUGUUGACGUACGGCCUGACGCUGAAUUUCAGUCAGCACUGGAUCGGGCUCGCGUUCGGAUGGGUGAUGGUCAAUCUGGGGAUGAUUGCGAGUACGGUUGCCAUCACCGCUUACGCGCUGGAGAAAUACCCCCAGUACUCGACCACCGUCAGCGCCAUUAUCAACAUGUGGCGCACCUGCGGCGGCUUCUCGGUCGCGUACUUCCAGGCGUCGUGGAUCGCGCGCGACGGGGUGGGAGUCGUGUUUGGCGUGCAGGCCGCGGUGGUGGUGGCCGGCAUCAUUCUGACAAUCGUCCCNGUUUUGCUGAUGCAGAGGAGGAGGAGGAAGACAGGCCUGGUGCAAGUGUAA